CAUACAGUAAAUUCCAUGAGAAUUCAAAAAAGGUUUCCUAUAAGAUCUGAGUAGGUGGGAAAUAAAAGGGUCCAAAAAAGGAUCCUGAAGGUCCAGUAAAAGCAACCUGUAACUUCUGGGUAAGUCAUCUUUAAGUUUUAAGAAAGUGUUCUAUGUUCCAAGAAAGUUCCAUAAAAGUGCCCUAAGAUUAGAAGUUGAAGGUACAAUGUGAGUAACCUGUAAGUUUACUUACAGAGAGAAAUAUGUAAGUUUCUCAAAAACUGCCCUUUUAGUUGUAGGAAAGUUUUGAGAAACUAACUAUAAAUUCAGAACUAACUAUAAAUUCAGAAACAUCCUUCACAUUAAAUGAAAUACAGUCACGUUUAACGAAUUAUCCAAAUUCCCUUUAUUUAAAGCUUCUCUGUUGCACUGAACGGUUGUCUGUGAAUGCUGGAGUGUGAUAGCUGUGAAAAUAUUCUUCAGCACCGUGGACAGCGCUCCGGCUGUGUGCAUGUCAGGAUCUCACCCACAAACCAUAAAAGCACACCACAGUGACCAAUUAAGCCCGAGUGGACCCUGACGGAUAGUAGUGGCCAUAGGGGGAGGGGUCACGCAUGUGGCUAAGGAAGGGCGCAGAGGGCUGCAGCCAUUCAUCCACUGAGAAGAAGGAAAACAAAGCAAGCCGAAAACUCAGAUCAGAGCUGAAGUGAAUCGUGACACUCGGAAAGACGGGAGCAACGCCCACCGAUCAGUGCUUGAAUGGAGACAUAAAAUGUGGAGCCCUGAAAAUGCGAGCAGCUUGUGACGCGCGGGCAUAACUAAAGCCAUUUUUUUCCUUUUCCCCCAGAACACAAAUCAAGGCGCUCAGCACAAAGUCGUCGCAGAGAGCUUUGGAUGUACUUUGAUAUGCGCAACAAAGGAUGAGUGGCACUGCGGGCACCGAACGCGCACUCAUCCAUCCUUCCAUUGUCGGACCUGGAAAGAGUUUUUUCCUCAGUAUCAGCCUCGUGCAACCUAAAACUAAACAUCUAUAAAUCCGAGGAAACUUGUCAGCGUGGAACCUGUUGGCAGCGACUACAUUUGUUAUUUCCUCCACUACAAGUAUCUGAUUUCAAUUUCUAAUAAACUAAGUUGUACAUUUCAUUUUCCAUGAAAACCUGCAUUUUAAAUGUGUGAGUAACAUUCUCCCACUUUCUGCUCAUCUGCUUCACUCCGAAACGGACUUAAAUUAUUUAGACGAGUCAGCACAUUUCGGAUGAGGAUGCUCACUGUAAGCGGGAAAGCUUCAAGGAUUUCGUGCAGAAUAAAGAGAUUUGUCCCCAGCUGUAGAGAGAAUGGCUUCUAAAAACCGACUGGUGGUUAUGGUGAGCAGGUUGCUUUCAGGCUAAAGAACUUAAACCCAGGCGGAAAAAUGCCAAGUUUUAGGACAUCUUUAUUCAGAUCGCAGACAAAGUAAGAGAGGAGACAAGAAUAAGAACGGAGGAAAGAAUAAGGUCUGUCAGCACUGUUUUAUUUAGUUGGAAGCAAUUUUUUAAGAUCUGCACAGUUUGUUGGGGGAGGACAGAGAGACCAACAGGCGAUCCGAAAAGCAGCUUGUUGAUGGCACUGCGCACAGGGAGGACUUGGUUCGGGCAGGUCUUGCGCAGGGUCUCUCGUCUGCAGGGCUCUUGGGCCAGGCGAUCCAGCAGUCUACUGUGUCUCUCGGCAAACCAGGAGCAGGAUCUAGGGAUCUGCAAUCGGGAUCACUACAAGGCGGGGGACUUCAGCGCCCACCGUCCUCAGAGCGCCUCCGCCUCCGGGCGCUGCCCACGCGGCUUUCCCUACACUUGCUGCGCCUUCCAGGGUCACCCGAGGGGACAUGAGACCCUCGGUCGCCGAUUCCUGUUGGCCAUGAAGCGGCAAAACGUGCGGACCCUGUCGCUCAUAAUCUGCACGUUCACGUACCUGCUCGUGGGGGCCGCCGUGUUUGACGCCCUGGAGUCCGAGUUUGAGAUGCGCGAGAAGGAACAGCUGGAGGCCGAGGAGAAGCGGCUGCAGGGGAAAUAUAACAUCAGCGAGGAUGAUUACCGCAAACUGGAGAGCAUCAUCAUGGAGGCUGAGCCCCACAGAGCCGGUGUGCAGUGGAAAUUCGCAGGCUCCUUUUACUUUGCCAUCACGGUCAUAACCACCAUAGGCUACGGGCAUGCAGCGCCUGGGACUGAUGCAGGGAAGGCCUUCUGCAUGUUUUAUGCUGUCCUUGGUAUCCCUUUGACUCUUGUCAUGUUCCAGAGCCUUGGUGAGAGGAUGAACACAUUUGUCAAGUACCUUCUCAAACGCAUCAAGAAAUGCUGUGGAAUGCGCAUAACAGAUGUGUCCAUGGAGAAUAUGGUGACAGUGGGAUUUUUCUCCUGCAUUGGCACUCUGUGUAUUGGAGCUGCUGCUUUCUCCCAUUAUGAGGACUGGAGUUUCUUUCAGUCAUACUAUUACUGUUUCAUCACAUUAACAACAAUAGGCUUUGGGGACUUUGUGGCCCUUCAAAAGAAUCGGGCCCUCCAGAAGAAGCCUCUGUAUGUGGCCUUUAGUUUUAUGUAUAUCCUUGUGGGCCUGACGGUCAUCGGAGCAUUCCUUAACCUGGUUGUGCUCCGUUUCCUGACUAUGAACAGUGAGGACGAGCGACGGGACGCCGAGGAACGUGCCUCCCUUGCAGGCAAUCGCAACAGCAUGAUUAUCCACAUCCAGGAUGAAUCGCUGCAGCAGAGUCGGCGACGACGAGAGCCAUACAGGAGGGAGGUGACUGACUUGCAGUCUGUGUGCCAGUGCAUGCACUACCGCUCGCACGACUACAGCAGCUCCGGAGGUGGGAUUGGAGGCUUGGGUUGUGCCUUUCCCCAUCAGAACUCAUUCAGCUCGCAGCUAAACCGCAAUCAGUACUUUCACUCGGUUUCCUACAGGAUUGAGGAAAUCUCGCCCAGCACCUUGAAGAACAGCCUCCUCCCCUCGCCCAUCAGUUCAGUUUCUCCUGGCCUUCACAGCUUCACGGACAAUCACCAGCUCAUGAGAAGAAGGAAAUCUAUCUAAAACUCAGCACUCACGGGACCAGUGAGUUUUCAUGUUUUAUACUGUAGGUCAAACAUUGUCAAUGCUGCUCUUCACCAGAUUUUAUUUUAGCACUUUUCCCCCCAGUUUGGUUGUAUGUAAUAAAGGUAUUGCUGGCAACAGAUAAAGAAGACUGGGUAGAACAGCAAGAGUCGACCCAAAGGAUGCAAAGCAUGAAGCAUGGAUGUCUAUUUUUUCAAGAAUUGCUUAAUUUAAAGAGACAAUACAUGAACUAUGAAACCUUACUUAUUACAGAUUUACAGUAUAAAAUUAAUACAUGAACUGUGGUUACGUACUAAAUGAUGCACACUGGGGAAAUGCUAUUUUUCAAAGGGAGUGUGCUUGUUUCACUUUAACUUGAAGAGAUAUUUGUUAUUAUGUAUUAUCCCAUUGCCUCGCUUGCAGGCAGAGAAUUCAAAAUGAUAUAAAGCAGGGUUUCUUUACCAUGGUCCUCAGGGCCCACUGUCCUUCAUGUUCUAGGUGUUUCCCUGCCGCCACACAUCUGACUUAAAUGAAUAGGUGUUUGACAGGCUUCUGUGGCACUUGACAGCAGCAGAGGAAGUAACGCAAUCAUUUUAAUCAAGUGUGCUGGAGCAGACACACAUCUAAAACAUGAAGGAUGGUGGGCCCCAAGGAACUGGGUUAUGAAACACUGAUCAAAAGCAUCAGGUAUUAUUUUCUAUAAGCAAUCAUUUACUCUAAUGGUUUCACCUCACGUAAAGCCAAAAUAUUGUUGCCAAUAUUAGCAUGUGAUUUAGAUGUCAUUUACUAGUAUGCCAUGGUUUUGUGACUUUCUUUAGUUUUUUUCACAGUUGGUGUAUAAGUGUCUUUUGUUUAUGAAUCAAAGGAUCAUACUGCUGUUAUACUUCCUGCUGAUCUACAAAUAUUGGAUUGUACAUGAAUAGCUUUAACUUGCAGACUUUUCAAGUUAAUAGUGACCUAAAGGGAAAGUCAACCACUACACUAUGCCAGUUUAUAGUUUUAGGGUCUUCCCAUCCAAAUGGUUGAUUUUGUAUUUUUUGAUAAACAUUAGA